GCUGAAACAUAUACCUCUGUAGUAAAAGUGACUCUGUGCCACAUUCCAUUCUAGAAGAAGGUAUCAUGAAAAAUCAUGGCUACGCUGGGAAUUCUUAGUUAUGAAGAAAGACCUCUCAAAAGACCCAGACUUGGACCCCCCGAUGUCUAUCCACAAGACCCUAAGCAGAAAGAGGAUGAAUUAACUGCAGUCAAUGUAAAACAAGGAUUUACUAACCAACCGGCAUUUUCUGGAGAUGAGCAUGGAUCAGCUAGGAACAUUGUUAUAAACCCAUCUAAGAUUGGAGCAUACUUCAGUAGCAUUCUAGCUGAAAAGCUGAAACUGAACACCUUUCAGGACACAGGGAGGAAAAAGACACAGAUUAACGCCAAAGACAAUUACUGGCUUGUGACUGCUCGUUCUCAGGGUGCAAUCCAUAGCUGGUUUACCGAUCUAGCUGGAAACAAGCAUCUCACUGUGCUAGCUAAAAAGGUACCUAUACUUAGCAAGAAAGAAGAUGUUUUUGGAUACCUGGCCAAAUAUUCAGUGCCACUGUUGCGAGCAGCCUGGCUAUUGAAAAUGACUUGCGCAUACUAUGCUGCUAUUUCAGAAGCCAAAAUAAAGAAGCGACAAUCAACUGAUCCAAACACAGAAUGGACUCAGAUAUUAACAAGGUAUCUUCGCGAACAGUUGGUGAAGAUAGCGGAUUUUUACCACAAAAAUUCCAGUCAGUGCAGUAGCUCAGUGGUUGUGACACAAGAUGUGGAACAGGCAUUGAGGCAGUGGGAGUACAAUGAGAAGCUAGCAUUUUACAUGUUUCAGGAAGGUUUACUGGAGCGACAUGAAUAUUUGACCUGGAUGUUAGAGGUUUUAGAAAAAGUUUGCCCACUCGAUGAUGAACUUCUAAAAAUCCUGCUUCCUCUUGUAUUACAGCAUUCUGAGGAAUUUGUACAAUCAGCGUAUCUGUCACGACGCCUUGCCUACUUCUGCUCCAGACGUCUGUCUGCUUUACUGAGCGAUUGUGCCAGCCAACUUGCUGUACAUACACCACUUAUCGUGAUGGCACAAGGCAAUCCUCCCAUAGCUGCUCCAAGUGCCAGUUCUUCAGGACCUGGGGUGCCCUCCAUUCAUUUGUCUUGUGCUGAUUUCCAGUUAUGCCCGCAGCACCGCCCAUUGGUAUAUGGUCUUAGCUGCAUAUUGCAGACUAUCACCCUCUGCUGUCCAAGUGCCUUGGUGUGGAACUAUUCCACUAAUGAAAGUAAAAACACAAAUCCAGGUUCUCCUCUGGAUCUUCUUCAGAUUCCCCCAUCAAGUCUGCCUAUGCCUGGUGGCAGCUCACCUUUUAAUCAACAGGUUCGGGCCAAAAUCUAUGAUGUAGAGCAGCAAAUCAAGCAACGGGGUCGAGCUGUAGAAGUCCGGUGGUCAUUUGAUAAGUGCCAAGAGUCAGCUGCAGGUGUCACUAUUAGCAGAGUUUUGCACACAUUAGAAGUUUUGGAUCGGCAUUGCUUUGACAGACUGGAUUCCAGCAACUCUUUGGAAACCUUGUAUCAUAAGAUAUUUUGCACAAACCAAAAUAAGGACAGUCAGGAGGUGCCUCCCAGUGAUGAAGCUGUGGUCACAUUACUCUGUGAAUGGGCUGUUAGCAGCAAGCGUUCUGGAAAACAUCGGGCCAUGGUGGUGGCCAAACUUCUGGAGAAAAGACAGUUGGAAAUAGAGGCAGAGAGAUGUAGUGAGUCGGAGGUUCUGGAUGAGAAGGAAUCAAUCUCCUCAGCUUCUCUUACAGGAUCCAGCCUACCUGUUUUUCAGAAUGUACUGCUUCGAUUUUUAGAUUCUCAAGCUCCAUCGCUCCGUGAUCCAAACAACGAACACGAAAAAGUAGAGUUUGUUAACUUGGUGUUAUUAUUUUGUGAGUUCAUCCGACAUGAUAUAUUUUCCCAUGACGCUUAUAUGUGCACUCUGAUAUCGCGUGGUGACUUGUCUGCUAGUAACAGAUCUCACUCACUCAUUGGAGAACUUAUAGAUGACCAUUAUGCUAAAGAUCUCAGUGCCAAGUUAGAGGAACAUGGCAUUGACCAAAUGGAGAUUGACUCAGGAACAGCCCUCCUCUUUGAUGAUAUAGAGAAAAAUGAAUUCAAGACAGAUUUUGGAUCAGAAUUUCCGAUAUUUUCUCCAGUUACUGGAGACUGCCACAAUUAUGAUCCUCCAUCUUUACAUCGAAGAGUUUCUGCCUCUAGUGAAAAGUCAGUCAAGAGAGACAUCAUUUUCCCCUCCAAUUAUGAACUUCGGAGGCAUUUACAAUAUGCUACACACUUUCCCAUUCCUCUGAGGCUGUGCCACAGCUCUGGACUUGAAGAUUGUUCUGUGGCUAACACAGUUCACCAAGGUCUGGAAAAGGGCUGA